AAGCGUGCGGUUGUGUUUCGUUCGGUCUCUUAUUUGCGUGCUGCGUGCGUAUACUUUCGACAACGUAAAUUACAGUCUCAAAUGUAUGAUUGACCGAUGUCGACAUACUGGCAAUAACGGAUUCAGUAUUUUCCGAGGAGCCUUAGUUAUAGAAUUGGUGUUGCAAAUCCGUCCCGGCUGGAUGUCUAAACAGUGAGCAGGGUAUUCGGACUUGUUUUCCGGUGUCGGUUGAGGGCUUAUCGCAGAGCCAUUUCGCGCAGGUUGCAGUCCGGUUCGAAAAUUCAGUUAGAUUCAGUGACGAAAGGCCAAAGGAUUCAGAGCCAAAGUUUGAGUUUCAAACAUUCAAACGUCCGGUUGAGCGCGUCAACACGCAGGACCGACCGACCGAUCGACCGACCGAGAGAGAGAGAGAGAGAGAGACGGAACGUGAGCAGAAGGAAGACGUAGGUCCGUACAGAUAGGAGAGCGCUUAAGGAGAGUAUGCCGCCCGACAAAGGCAGAUCGUCCAAGGUGUCGUGCUCCGUGCCAGCCGCCUGCCGCCUGUUGCUGGUGGUCCUGACGUUGGCGGGCGGAGCCGGGGUAGCGUGGGGGGCGGUGUGUGAACCGCGCCAGAGCUGGCUGGACCCGAGCGUGGGUGAGUGCGUCCCGUGCCGGGUGUGCGCCGAGCACCAGGUCGUGCUGCGGCCCUGCCAGGACUACAUGAACACGGUCUGCGGCACGAUGAAGGACCUGGCCGCCGACUUCCGGCUCGUGCGCUCCUCGUCCGCGCUCCAGGAGCAGGAGCGGGCGGGUGGGGGCGGUGCCGGCACCGACGGUAACGGAAUCGCCGUGGUGCGCACCCGGAACCACCACUGGAAGGAGGAGCGACGGAAAGAGGGUGCCGGUCGUCGGGCGGGCGACCCGCACGUGCAGUACAGUGCCGUGCCGGCCGGGGGCGCCACCAGCACCGAGGAGAUCCUGUGGGACUGGCAGGUGGCGUCGCUGCUGCUCGCCAUCAUCGGCUGCCUGCUGUUCCUGCUGGCCGGGGCCUGCGUCGCCCUCAACCAGAGCCGCCAGUGGCGCCGCAUCGAGAAGCACUUCGACGCCGACAUGGAAGCGCUGUCGGUGCAGGUGGUGAGCCGGUUGGCGAGCAUGCAGCAAAUCGAGAGCGGCCCGAUCAUGCUGGAAAACAUCGACGGCCACCGGCUGCGCCCGGCCAGCCAGCCGAUCGAGGUGCGGUGCGUCUACCUGGACCAGCUACUCGACGAAAAGUGUUGCCAAAAAUCGCGAGGCCAACCGACGGUCGGCAACCUGUACAUCGAGGAAUCGAUCGAUCCACCGAAGGGCACUGGUGUUGGUGGUGGUGGUGGUGGGCAACUGCCGCCUGCAACUCCCGCCUGCCACGUGCAGCGACACUACUGAAGCAGCAAAUGCAGCAGCAGGCCGGCCCCCCCAAAUGCUGGCUGCCGAUCGAUGAAUGUGUAAACGGAAAACUGCUCGAAACACACACACACACAGCAGCAGCAGCAGGAGCAGGAGCAGCAGCAGGGACACCAGCAAAAAAAAGGUGUGUGUUCCGCCUAGCAGCAGGCGCGCGGGCGCCGUUUUUGAGGAGUUCGCUUUUUGGUAGGGCUUAAGCCGAGCAUUAGGACAACGAAGAAGCGUGUAUGAGAGAGAGAGAGAGAGAGAGAGAGAGAGAGAGAGAGAGAGAGAGAGAGAGAGAGGGGGAGAUAGGUCGCCACACGGAGGACCCUGAAGGACCCUCCAGGACCCUCCAGCGCGUGGGAUCGAAAGUGAGAGCAUAAUUAUUUAGCAUAGGACGGCUGGCGCGCUAAUGGUGGCCAAAAGGGAAGGGGACCCGCAGCAAAAGCAGGCAGCGCGGGGGCUGGGGCCCUGUGUAAAUACUAACAAGGAGUGCGAGAGCCAACAGAACAAUAAUAGUAAUAAUAUAAAAGGUAACAACCCCGUUGUUGUCGUUCCUGUCGAAAGUACUAACAACGCGCGCAAACGGAAUGGAUUUGAAAUUUCGAAUCGAUCGAAUCGAAUCGCUGCUUCGAGAGCUGCAUAUUAAUGUUAAGAUGUACGAGCGUGUGUGUGUGCCAUGAGCACCCACGUGGCUCCCGUCCCUCCUCCUGUCUGGACGACUGGGGACGGAUGCGGGACGCCUAAGUAAACUAUAAAAUCGGAGAAAGCGCGCAAGAAAAUUGCAGUGCCUUACUAACGUGUGUGGCGUGAGUGUGCGAGAGCGAAAGCGGAGCAUCCUAACGACACAAAGAGAGAGAGAGAGAGAGAGGACGAGAGAGAAACCUGAGCAGCCGGA